AUGAAGCAAGUGGAAGAGAUCGAGGAAAAGUUGGAAGAGAAUAAGAAGAACGGGGUGAGACCGGAAAUGGGUUAGACUGGGAAGGUAGGAAACUUUCAGCGUACAAAAAAGAAGAAUGUAUCUGACUUUACGCGAAAAAAGUUAUGACCUACUAAUUCAGAAGGAUGAGAAAAAUAAGGAAGGCAAAACGGAGCAUCAGGAUGACAAGAAGAAAAAUAAAGAUGUGAAGAAGAAGAAGAGGGAUGGCGUGGACGACGAUAUGAAGAAAAAGAAGGUUUACUCAUCUUACUCUUACUGAUCACAGACCUAUCUUUCCACUUUCAGAAAGAAGAGGACGCCGAACAAAAGAAGAAAGACAAGAAGAAGAACUGA